AUGGCGACCAAAGCAAUCAUCCCCAUCCUGGUGGGAAUGAUGUUACUGACGGGCUGUGCCAACACAAUCCUCACCAAGUAUCAGGACCAACAAUGUGUACGCAACUGUGACGAUGAAAAUCCGCAUCACCGCAAGACCUUUGAGCAGCCGGUUAUCCAAACUGUACAGAUGUUCAUUGGCGAAAUGGGCAGCUGGCUUGUGAUCCUUGGUUUCUUCCUAUAUCGAUACUUUAUCCUAUCUACCCGCGAAGCUCCUCUGCUCUACCAGCCCGUGAAUACCGAGGAGCGAGAAGAAGACGAUGACGACGACGUUACCGUGCGACCGACCUCGAGAAAUGCUCCAAGCCCCGCGUUGAAGCCUCUCGUGCCGAAUGCUGAUGAUCGAGUUCCAUUGAUGGGUUGGAAAGUGACACUGCUCGGACUCCCAGCUUGCUGCGACAUCGCGGGAACCACACUCAUGAAUGUCGGCCUGCUAUUUGUGGCCGCCUCGAUAUACCAAAUGACAAGAGGCGCACUGGUGUUGUUUGUUGGUCUCUUCAGCGUACUAUUCCUCAAGAGAAGACUCUACAUUUAUCACUGGCUGUCGCUCGUCAUUGUGGUGGCAGGUGUCGCCUUGGUCGGCCUUGCUGGCGUCAUCUCAUCUGGUGACCAGAAGGCGUCACCUCCGCAGGAUCCGAAGGAGACACUCUUUGCUCUGCAUCUAGCGGUGCGAUCUGUGGCUGCCCAGGCUGCCAGUGCAGAAGUCCUCAAGACUGUUGUCGGUAUUCUCCUGAUCGCUUUUGCUCAAAUCUUCACCGCGACCCAGUUCUGCCUGGAAGAGUGGAUUUUGGAACACUACGCACUCGAGCCACUCAAAGUAGUCGCUUGGGAAGGGCUAUUUGGUUUCAUUGUAACUGUUGUUGUGCAGGUAAUUCUACAUCUCAGUGUCGGCAUUACACCAUCCGGGAGGCAAGGGUUCUUUGAUGCUGAAGAAGGUUAUCGACAAAUUUUCACCAACAGGGCAAUUGGAAUAUCGAGUCUCGCCAUUAUGGUGUCAAUUGGCGGCUUCAAUUUCUUUGGACUAUCUGUGACGAGGAGUAUCUCGGCAACAUCUCGUUCAAUCAUCGAUACCUGCCGCACACUUUUCAUCUGGCUCGUCUCCCUCGGGUUAGGAUGGGAAUCAUUCAAAUGGCUUCAGGUGGCUGGAUUUGCACUCCUUGUUUAUGGUACCUUUAUGUUCAACGACCUCGUGAGGCCACCUAUCCGAGCUCUACUUCCAGGAAGGGAGGAGGAACCAUCAGAGCACACUCAUUUGCUCCCAGAAGAGCCAAUCGAACAUAUAUAG